UCGUCCGGAACGGUCAGAAAAAGUGAUUCGAUUGCAAACUGUUCAUAACAGCUGAUCUUGCGAUUAAACAAACACUUGCUAUAAAUCUGGCAAAUUGUCCCGUGUUUGCCAUAAUGGGUAAUGAAAAAGCAAGUGAAAAGUCAUACAAGGCUGAAAGCAUUUACGAUGAUAACCUGAAGAUCUGGACUGGUGGCGAAAGGCAAAGUUUAUUUUCACCCGACCUGUCCAUCGGAGAGAUAAUCUUUCAGGAAAUGGAACGCCACCCGAAUCUCAUCGCUCAGAUCUCCGUAACGGAGGACAGUGUGCUGACCCGGGAAGAGCUUCACAUGAAUGCCAAGCGAGUGGCAAGUUAUAUGCGGAAAAUGGGCCUGGGACAAGAGGACAUCGUGGGAGUCAUGGGCAGGCAAACCACUCACCUGGCGGCUGUAGCUUAUGCCUGUUUCUUCAACGGAACCCCCUUCCACGCCCUUCACAACGCCUAUGAAGAGUCGACUAUCGAGCAACUGUUCGGGCUGACUAUGCCCCGGCUGAUAUUCUGCGAUGGAGAUGAGUUCGAAAAGGUUCGAGCAGCCACUAGAAACCUCCGAGUAAGGAUAGUUACUAUGCGGAAUCAUCCGAAGGGAUCCCUACGAAUCCAGGAUAUUUUGAGCACUCCAGUGGAGGAGAACUUCCAGCCCAUCCGUUUAGAACAUGGUAAUGACCAGACACUGGCCAUUCUUAGUUCUUCCGGAACGUCGGGAGUUCCCAAGGCAGUCACCAUCAGCAACAGUCAUCAGCUCAUUGUGAACAUUCCCAUAGACAGCUCGAUGGUUCAGUAUACAACGAGCACCUUGGACUGGUUGUCGGGUCUAAUGAUGACCAUUGUUUCUGGAGUGUUCAGUACAACUAGCAUUAUUGCAGACCGCGACUUCGAUCCUAAGCUGUUGUGCAGCAUAAUUGAGAUAUAUGAGAUCAAUGCAUUGCUUUUAAAUUCCUCAUAUAUAGCCAGCUUUGCCAACAGUCCGGAUUUUGAAUCGGCAGACCUAUCAUCUCUGAAGUACUUCUUUUAUGGAGGUUCAAACUGUUCCCUGGAUGUUCAGCAUAAAGUGCGUAGCCGUGUUGACCGCGAUUGCUUACACUUUUGUUACGGUGUAACUGAGUUAAACUGCGCUGCAAGCGUUAACUUAAACUUCGACGGAAAACCCAAUUCGGUGGGGCGUCCUGCUAACGGAAUUAAAGUCAAGAUAAUCAACGAACAAGGCGCGGCUCAAGGACCUAAUGAAGUUGGUGAAAUCUGCUUAAAUAGCGGCCAAAAAUGGGCUGGCUACUAUAAGGACGUCGAGGAAACUAAAAAAAUUCUGGACCCCGAAAACUGGAUUCACACCGGAGACCUAGGCUACAUGGACGAAGACGGAUUUCUAUUUGUUAUCGAUCGCCUAAAGGAUAUGCUGAAGUACCAGAACAUCAUGUAUUAUCCCAGCGAGAUAGAGAGUGUCAUUGCCGAAAUGCCAAAUGUUGUGGAGGCAUGUGUCUUUGGGAUAUGGGACCCAGUGAAUGGAGAUGAGGCAGCUGCCUCGGUGGUCAAGAAACCAGGAACCCAACUGGAGGCCCAGGAUGUGGUGGAUUAUGUGAGGAAACAUAUCACUGCCAAAUACAAACAGCUGAACGGAGGGGCUCUAAUUGUGGAUCAAAUCAUUGGAUGUGGGGAUAGGAAAGCCAAUAGAUCAGCUGCCAAAGCUUAUUUUUUACAGAAUUUUAACAAUAAUUAA